AAUAAUGGCGGCAAAAACAAAGGCCUUGCCGAUGAAGUCGCCGGUUUUUCAAGGGUUUUUCCGAUAUUUCGGCUUAAUUUCUGCACUGAUUUUGAGUCUAUAUGCACGAAAUGCAAGCGGGUUUAACUUGGACGAUAAAUUUGAAGAAGAACUUCUUAUAAAACCACUGAACAACGAUUUUGUUUACGCUUAUUUUCAAUUCACAACCACUUGGAAUGUACCAUUUGAAGCCCAAUCUUUUCAAAAUUGUCACCUCUUUCCCCGAGUCUUGGGUGAAGUUUUGGGGCAGUACAACGUCCAAGAGCUGCAUCUCAGUUUGACGCAAGGGCUCUGGAGACAUGAAAAGUAUGGUUACCCAGUGCUGGACGCCCCGGCUGGAACAGAGAUUUGGGCUUGGUUCAAAGAGGGAACUAAAGAUGUGAACAAAUCUUGGAAAAUGUUGACCAGCGCUCUGUCCGGCUUAUUUUGUGCUUCACUAAAUUUUGUCGAGCCUCUGAAUACCUUGAGCCCUAACCUAAGCUUUGCUCCAACUGGAGCUGUUUCUUCUAACCUGUCUUCAAACUCGUCACUGCUUCGGUACUCUACUCUGCCGAGAGAAGUUGUCUGCACUGAAAAUCUCACACCAUGGAAGAAACUGCUACCUUGCGACUCUAAAAGAGGACUUGCAACUCUAUUGAAUGCUGGCCAUAUUUACAACACCAACUACCAUUCUUUGGGAAUCCAUGUUCGGCCUAUUUGUAGGGACGUUGCUUGUGAAACAACUUCUGUAGAACUUAAGCAAACGGUAUCUCUUGUGUACGACAUGCUUCAAGUUGGUUCUCAGGGCAGAGACUGGUCCUUUAGAAAGCUCUUUGGUCAAGGUCUAAGCGGCCCUUGUCCUCUCGCCACUGGCAGCAGAGUUUUUGUUGAUGUCACGCAAAACAGGUCAAUAUUUGACUUCCAACUGCGUCCCGAGCCAUCAGAGAUUCUCACAAGCAUUCGUGGAGGCUCGACCAGCAAGUUAGCCCUUUAUGAUAUCAAGCAAAUGCACUUUUUUUCACUCAUGAAUGUGGCUGCUGCAUAUUCCGGAGAAAAACUAGAGCAUGUCAACAUUGCACCAGUUUUGUACGCUAACAGAUACAUCAUAGGAUACGGACAAGAAAACGGCGGCAUCGUCACCAAAGUUGUGAACAAUCACUGGCAGCCGCUGGACAUCAUUUAUAUGGAAAACAUUCCUUGGUUCCUGCCAGUUUACCUGCACACCUUGCGUGCAGAGGUCAAUGGUCGCCAACUGACCCCUUAUUCCAUUAACUACGUUCCAGGCAGAGAACGAGAGCGACCUUACCAGUUGGAAGUUGCUUUGAGGAUUCCGGCCCGAAGCACCACCACCUUGAGCAUUUCGUUUGACUACAUUUUCCUCAAGUGGCAAGAGUACCCCCCAGAUGCAAACCAUGGAUUUUAUGUUGGCGCAGCUGUUAUCACUUCUGCACUGCCAGUGGCACGGAAUUACACUGGGGUGCCUUACGACAGCAGCACUUUGAUGUCGAGUAUAAACGCAUCUCGUUCAACUGGUUACCCUGUGCAUAUUCGAACUGAAAUAAUUCUCGUCUCACUACCGACGCCAGACUUCAGCAUGCCCUACAAUGUGAUUUGCCUGGCGUGCACUGUUGUGGCUCUUGCAUUUGGCCCCCUUCAUAAUAUCACCACAAAAAGGCUGUUGUUAAAAGAUGUUGAAGACAAUAAAGGAUUUCUAGAGAAGCUCAAGGACAAGUUUAGGAAGAAAGCAGUUGAAGAGGAAAAGCAGUCCGAAGCCAAUGAGAAAGCUGACUGAAAGAUUAUUUAAUUUUCCAUUGCCAAGUCAUUAAUUUUUUAAGUUGUCAUUUGUGUUAUUACAAUUUUUCGUAAAUUAUAAUGGUGCGUUUUAUUGAUUCUCUCCCGGAUUUAUGUAAAAAUAAAACUAAU